AUGUCUAGAAGACGCAAUAUUAUUCCACAAGAGGCAAAAGAUGAGAUUGCAGAAGUCUUUGAACUCUUUGAUGCUGACAAGAGUGGCUGCGUUGAUCGUCAAGAACUGUUUGUCGGAUUAAGAGCAAUGGGCUUUAAUGUUACAAAGGAAGAUAUUGAGCAAAUAUUCAGAGAAAAGGAUGUAGAGAAUCUCGGCUAUCUUGUAUUCAAACAAUUUAGAGAAGUAAUCGCAGAAAAAUUAUCUCAGCGUAAACCAGAAGAAGAAUUCAAACAAGUAUUUGUACUUUUCGACAAAGAGCAUACAGGAAGAAUCGGAAUUCGUGAAAUUAAACGUGUUUGCCAAGAACUUGGAAAAACAGACCUUUCAGAGGACGACAUGAGAGCAAUGAUAUCACAAUUUGAUACAGAUGGUGAUGGAUACGUCACACAAUCAGAAUUCAUUGCUAUGAUGAAUGGUGACUUUUAA